AUGGAUAUUCCUCGAGAGGUUGCUGCCAGUGAGAGCCAUUGGAUACAAAAGGAAAAGGAAAGUACAAAGAAACAAAAGGUGAACAGGAGGAUGAAUGCCGCCGAUGAGCAAGGCGACAUUAAUGAAAUGGCUGAUGCCUUCAUCAAGAAGUUCAGAAACCAGCUUAAGAUUCAAAGGGAAGAGUCAUUCAAACGAUUUCAGGAAAUGAUUGCUCGUGGGGUUUGA